AUGCUCCCUGCUCUCCGGCAAAUCUCUCGUCCUGCGGCAUUCGCGCUUCGUGCUGCCCGACGGCCAGCAGCAUAUGGAGGUGCUAGGCUUACCCCGUUCACGCGGACGAUUGUCACCAAAAGGUAUACACAGGACCAUGAGGUCGUCGUGUUCGACGACGCUACGAUGAAUGGCACGGUGCACAUCACGAACUACGCCCAGUCGAGCCUCGGGGAUGUCGUUUUCGUCGAGUUGCCUACGGAGGGCACAGAGGUCACUCAGGGUGACCAGAUUGGUGCGGUGGAGAGCGUGAAGGCUGCUUCGGACAUCUAUGCCCCUGUAUCAGGAGUGGUCGAGGAGGUCAACACCAAGCUCGCUGACCAGCCGGGCCUCCUGAACAAGUCACCAGAGGACCAGGGCUGGCUUUGCCGGAUCAAAGUCAAGGAUGCCGCUGAGGUUGAGAAAUUGAUGGACGAGGAGGCAUACAAGGCGCACUGCGAGUCAUGA